AUGCCUGUCGACAGGAACACAACGCAAUUCGCCAUGGAUAAACGAGUCGCUUUAUCUGCCUCCUCUCUCUCCCUCAUCGCCCUCCUGGCCAUUCUUCCCGUCGUCCUCGCUAACAACUGUCCCAAUUUCGCGAACGGAAGAUCAGCAUGCACGCAAGACACAUGCGGACGAUACGUUUACAAGGGAAAGUUCACCGUGCAAGGCACGAAGCAGUAUCGUCUCGCCGCCGCACCGAACGGGGUGAAUCUCGGGCCCAACGCAACUCCCGGUGACUGCUGCCAGCAAUGCCGGAGUAACGGCGACUGCGCGUUCUGGAACCUUCUCCUGCCCUCUGGUCUCUGCCUCCUCUUUACAGAAGGAGCUUGUAGUGGGGACGCAAAUGUCUACAUUCCUGGUUUACCCAACUCAUAUGUGGGUGGUCGUUGCAAUUCUGAAUCCAAACUCGCCACCACCGCCGCAAGUGCCGCUGCAGAUGACGGCGCAAGUGCCGUCAAGUGGGCAGUGGGACCCGCGCUUUACCACUCCAAAAUCGGCGCGGCUCCCACCGGACCAGUAGCUCACGAGAAACUGUCGGACCGCGCGUUCUGCCUGAUAAGCGAUCCGUCGUUUCACAUCAACAUGCAACUGUCAGGCUACAUGGAUAAUCGCGGCGCCAGCGCUUCGACCCCCUCCUCAUUUGGCGGUAACUCGCGCACACAACGUCCGGCCGUUGUUCGCGCGUGGAUUCGCGAUGUUUCGCUAAUGUGGGGAAGAGGGGGCCCCGGACAAGCUCAGCACGUGCUGCGAAUGGCUGCGAGAAGGACAGCGCAGCAGGAGCGGGGCGACGGAUACGUAGCGAAAAUUGAAGUUGACGGCCAUGCCAUGCCGAAGCUAGUGUUGGGAGAUGAACUCUCGUUAUUUAAUGGCGCGGCUACGAUUCUCCUUGCGGCGUACGAGAAGCAAGGUCCGUAUGACGUGGACGUGUACGCGUUAAAAGUACCGGGUGUGAUUGAAGCGGAAGUUCGCGUUCGUCGGGUGCACCCUCUGUUACAAGAACCUGAUGACGCUGAGGCACACAUCAACCUGACUAUCCUCGAUGUGGCGUACUCCCCUACUGUGCACGGGCUCUUGGGCCAAUUCUACCGAGCCAACGCCACGUCAGAACCCACGUUAAACUACUCCAUUUUGUCACAUUUAAUGGCCAUGCCGCUGGUUCCUUCCUCGGAUUCUUCUUCUGAAGGGGAGCUUGAGGGAGUACCAGAAGAUUACGUCACGUCCUCCCUCCUCGCGCCUGACUGCAGAUUUACUCAAUUCUCGCUCUUCCAUCAGAAGACUGCCAGCAACGGCGAAGCAGAUAGCAGUAACACUGGGAGCAACAACGAAGCUGGUACUGACAGCAGCAGCAGCAGCAGUAGCAGAAUGACUGAAACCACCAGCAGUGAGAUCAUCAUCCGUGGAGAGGGUGAUGAUCUAGAAGCAGAUUAUUCAGGUGUUCAGGAAGAAGACACUGCGGCCGAGGCAGCUGAAAUGGCUCUAGGGGAAGCUGACAUGACUGAAUCGAUCCUUUCAAAAGCAGCUGAAAUUGCUAAUCAAGUUGCUGACGCUGCUGCUGCCGUAAAUCCCGAAGAGACUACUCUCAUGCUCUCUCAACUAGGGUCAGCUGAUAAUGAGCAAAGAACCGCUUAUUGA